CCAGACCAGAGAUCGAUCAUAUACUGUACUGUGUAUUCCCCCACAACCGACCGGGGGGAGGGGGGCGAACAUGGGCCGUGUGGACACCGCGCUCUGCUGCUUCUCCCUUUUAGCGGCUCUGCUCCAGGUCCGCGGCGCAGCGCUCCUUCCCUCGGAGCAUCCAGGCCUCCAGGUGCUGUCCACAGCCUCGCACUACUGGCCCCUGGACGCCGUGGACGGGAUCCACGGGCUCCUCGACGAGAUCGGAAACAGAGCAGGUCAUGUUAAUGGAAGUAGUAUAACGCUCAGAAUCCACAACCACACUGUGCUUCCUCACUCCCAUAACUCUUCCUCUGUGUAUACCAAUGACUCUGCCUACACUAACAUUUCUGCAGCCGUAGACAUUGUAGAAGGAAUGGUCAACAAGGGGAUCUAUCUGAACGGAGACAACGGGGCCACGUUUCUCCACUUCGGGAACUACAGGAACUCGUGUAUCAGCGACCCGACCCUCUGCGGCCCCGAAGGAAUCACCUUUUCCUUCUUCUGGAAGAACCAGGAGGCUCAGUCGCGAUUCGCCAUCUCCUCUGGCGGUAAAGUCAUAUCCAACGGCUUCUCGGUGUACGCCAACGCCUACGGCGGCUACGUCGAGUUCUACACCCGCGGAAACUCCCGGCGCUGGAAAGCAAACAUCAAACUCCCAGGUAUCCCCGCGCUGAGGUUCGGACCUUACUGGACCCACGUUCUCUUCACCUGGACCCUCCAGAAUGGCCUCAACGUGUACAUCAACGGGACAUUCAACGUCAGCGAUCCACAGGGUAGCGUCUCCAACAGCUAUGGGGACACCUACACGGACCUGGUCGUCGGGACCGGGAACGACCACUCGUACAGACACUACGUGACGGGGGCUUUCGACGAGUUCGUCAUCUGGGAAAGGGCCCUCUCCCCGGAUGAAAUCUGGCUGUACUACAAAGCUGCCACAGGUGACAAGGCGGCUUCGCUCACUACGCCCAGCGGCCUCGACUCCGCCACCUUUAUCCUGGACUCCACGGCUCCCACUGACGCCUACCACCCCAUCAUCACCAACAUGACAGAGGAGAUCAAGAACUUCCAGUACCCAGAGCCCAUGCUGGGCUUGCUGGAGUCGCUGACCACCAGCCUGCCCAACAAGACCAUCCCCCAGGAGACUGCCAGUAACCUCACCCAGGCCUUUCUGAAGAGCGUGGACGAAGUCCUGUCUUCACCAGGGUGGCCCGAUGUGGUCGAGUCGACCACGAUGGUCAGCGGCUUGAUUGAGACGGUGGACAAAGUGAUGGUUCAUAUGGCUUCCAACCUGGAGCCCAAAUCAGACAGAGCCGUUGCUAUCGACGGGAAAUCGUCUGUAGCAGAUUACUCCCUGAUGAAGAUCCCACAGAACGUGAACGUGGGCCACUACCGCUUCCCCACGCAGGGCAAGAACUACAUCUCAGUGCCAGGGGAGGCCUUCUCCCACGAGGCAGCCCAGACCACCAUCGUCGGCCUGUUCUACCACACGAUGCACAACCACUACAAGGAGAUCAGCCCGUUGAAGACCAGGAUCAACGAAGCAGCUGACUUUAAAGAGCACAAGAUCCAGAUCACCAGCUUCCUCAUCUCGCUGAAGGUGGAACCGUUGCCAGCACUGUCCGUGAACCUCUCCGGGGCCCCCCUGAUCAAGAUCGUCCUCACGCACUUCCUGACUGAAGAGCAGUACAGCCACGCCUUAAACAAGAGUAACAAAGUGUUCCUUUACUGCGCCUUUCUGGACUACAGCACCAAGGAGGGUGUGUGGUCCAACCAGGGCUGUGUGCGAGCAGCUGGAAACCUCUCCUACUCCGUGUGCCUGUGCAACCACCUCACCAACUUCGCUAUCCUCAUGCAGGUCGUGCCCCUUGAGCUCACCAAAGCCCACCAGGUGGCGCUGUCCUCCAUCAGCUACAUCGGUUGCUCCGUCUCCAUCUUCUGCCUGGCCAUCACGCUGGUGACCUUCGCCAUCCUCUCGUCCGUGAGCACCAUACGGAACCAGCGCUACCACAUUCACGCCAACCUUUCCUUCUCCAUCCUGGUGGCGCAGAUCCUGCUGCUGGUCAGCUUCCGCUUCGACCCCGGGACGCUCCCCUGCAAAGCGGUCGCCGUUCUGCUCCACUUCUUCUUCCUGAGCGCCUUCGCCUGGAUGCUCGUGGAGGGUCUCCACCUCUACAGCAUGGUCAUCAAGGUGUUCGGCUCCGAGGGCGGCAAGCACUUCUACUACUACGGGAUUGGCUGGGGUUCUCCUCUGGUGAUCUGCGCCGUGUCGGUGACCUCGGCUCUGAGCAGCUACGGGGAAGUGGGCAACUGCUGGCUCUCGCUGGAGACCGGGGCCAUCUGGGCCUUUGUGGCGCCUGCGCUCUUCGUCAUCGCGGUCAAUAUCGGGAUCUUGAUCGCCGUCACCAGAAUCAUCUCCAGAAUCAGCGCUGAGAACUACAAGGUGCACGGAGACGCAAAUGCAGUCAAGCUAACUGCUAAGGCUGUGGCUGUUCUCCUCCCCAUCCUGGGCAUCUCGUGGAUCUUCGGUGUGCUGGCCAUCAACGGGCACUCCCUGCUCUUCCAGUACCUCUUUGCCGUGUUCAACUCCCUGCAGGGUUUCUUUAUCUUCCUCUUCCAUUGCCUUCUCAACUCCGAGGUGAGGGCCGCCUUCAAGCACAAAACCAAGGUCUGGUCUCUGACCAGCAGCUCCAUCCGCAACGUCAACGUGAAGCCCUUCAACUCCGACAUUAUGAACGGGAACAAGGAGGGGGACGCGUCGCCCACGAAGAUGAACACGUGGGACAAGAGCUCCAACUCAGCCAAUCGCAUCGACCUGUCGGCGGUGUAACUCCGCCCAAGGGCGGGUCUCUGUCGUCCGUGGCCGAGAUCCGUUUGUGUAAAUAAAGACUUUUAUCACUGGCACGGUAAAACUGGUACGAACUGCCAGGACGCCCCUCCGCACCCCCUCACCCCUGCCGUAGUCCUCAGGCCGACUCCCAGUGCACAGAGCCCCUCCAGCUUCCUAGUGUAAAUCCCUUCAUUUACUCUCAGGUGGCAUCAGGUGGGUCUUCCUUCACUGCCACUGUAUCUGAGCAGCUUCUGCCUCUCGGCCAACAACAAGCCCUCGGCCCCCCUCUCCCAGCUCGGCCCCUUAAACAGCUGAACACCCCCCACUUUCGCCGCUCCGCGCUUUCCAGGAAUGGCACUGUAGGACCCCGCCAACCCGGACGGCGGCUGUUCAGCUUCAUAAUACUCCCCACAAUAAUCCCAAUUUUCCUGUGUUCGUGGAGGCUGACGGCACCCCCCUGUGCCGCUUGUGGGGUGUCAGGUAAACACUGAGCAGCGGUAAGCAGGAACGUUAAGUGUCAAACAUUGGCAAACAAGCUUCAGCACAGCAGUGAGGCAGGGAUCAACAAAGCGUCCGGGAAUGAGCCUCGAACCAUGGUGAGCGGGUGCAGGAUGCACAAAUCCACAGAACCUUCACACACAAUUAUUUCCGCCCCGGGGUACAAUUUCACACUGAAUUUAUUUGCCGUUGGUUGUAGGAAAGUGAUUCCACCCCUAGGGGCACCAGUGAGCACAACCUGCAGCCUGGAAAGUAGCUUUGAAAAUCGAUAGUUUACCUUUUUUCCUUUUUUCUCACACGUUUCUGUCCAAUUUUCCCGAAAGUGGAUCCAGGAACAAAGAUGAGAAAACUGACACUGAUGGCGCCGAUGCUGCUGUCGCUACGUUGCGGGAAUAAGACAUUCUGUGUGACGCACUCCCGCCUGUAACCUCAAGGGGGCAGUAACAUAUCCAACUGUACCUGCCCUGUGCAGCGUGUUAAUUUUUAGCAGUUGGGGACACUUGAUGUCCUCUGAAGAGUGCACUUCAGCGACUUUAGUCAGGAAGAACAUUUAAUUUUGCAUUUACACGUUAAUGAAAAGCAAUAAUUUUCCUUCAUUUGUUUAGUCCAUCAAGCAGAGCUCAUAUAAUCUUCAUUAGUCUAUGUUCUCAGCGGUGUUGCCUUACCUUCCACGCUCUCCAUGGUUCGAGACCCUAGGACCCUGCGACCUGUCAGGAUGACCUCCGAGGAGGCGCUCAUCUCAGGAAAGAUGGAAAGGGCUUAUGACAUCAUCAUGUAAUAUCGGUGCCUUUUCCGUACGUUUUUCUCUUCAGAAUGCAUCGCUUUGACCGAGCUGUCAGGGUCGGCGACAGUGGAUGGAGAACAACCGCCCUGCUCAUAUAAUUAAAAAAAAAAGAACGUAUAUGUAAUAAUUGCAGUUUGACUCCUUUGAAUGUGUACCUAGGGCUGAAGUCGGUUAUAUUGGCAGACGAGGGGUGUCGACUGUGUGUCGGAGCUCAGCUACUCCAUGAUCAUGUAAAACAUGGUAUUCCAGAUGACCGGCUGCCAAUCCAGAACUGUCCCUGGGGUGUGCGAAGCAUGCUGGGAUUUACUGGGAAUUACUCUGCUCUGCGCACAACAGCGAGAGGUUCUGCUCACGAAGGCAUCAGAACAUGAAGAAAAGAUGGUAUAGAAAUAUUUUUUGGGGGUCAUCUUUUCUGAGCUUAUUGCUGGAGAUCAAGGGGCCGCAAGUCACGCUACUCAAGGCACUUGUAGUAUUUACACCCUGAAAACCACAAGCACGCCAGCACCGCCGAGGCGUCGUCACGGUUAUAACCGCAUCACCGCGAUCUCGGGUCAUGCUUGAUGCGCGCAGUUUGGACGAUUCCCACCGAAAGCCUGCGCACGCACCCAUAGGCGGGCCACACGUGUGUUUCCAUAGCAACGAACUCCUGUCUUAUUUACUCACGGCAGCGAGUUCGGAGCGGGGUCUCGAUUCAGGCCCCAACAUGACCUCGCACAUGGGGAAAGGUGUGUUUUCUCUUACACUUAUUACCACAUUACUGUGUUGACACUGUAGCAAAUCCUCCUCCUUUAUUUUUAUUAAAUUAGAUUUACAGUAUGGUAUCAUUUGUAUGACUGAUUUCAUUCUUUUUCGUAUUUAAAAAGUGAAUGUGUCCUGUUGCUCAAUAAGCUUAUUAGUGGCGGUACUGUGUGUGUCUCUGUGUGUUUUUGCCUGUUGGUUGUGUGUUUUACUCCCUUCAUUAUCUGUUGCGUUAAGGACAAAUUCCUGAAAGGAAAUCUUAACUGUUAAUUAUUUGGCAUUACCUUUAAGAACAAAUAAAA